CUCCUCCGCCGGUUGCCAUGGCGGCGGCGGCGGUCCCGCCCCCGUGCGGAUGAGCUCACGCGGUGCCGCAGCCCCGGGAGGGGGAGGAGGGGGAGGGGCGGCUGCUCCCCCACAACAAGAUGGCGGCGGCGGCUGCAGCGUCCGGUGGCGGCGGCACGGGGGCUCCGUCCCUCCCGGCGCCCGGCCCCCGCCUGCCUCCCUCGGCCCCGCCGCCCUCCGCGGCCCGGCCUCCGGGCCCCGCGCGCAUCGGCUACUACGAGAUCGAGCGCACCAUCGGCAAGGGCAACUUCGCCGUCGUCAAGCUGGCCACGCACCUCGUCACGCGCGUCAAGGUUGCUAUAAAGAUAAUUGAUAAGACUCAACUGGACGAAGAGAACCUCAAGAAGAUCUUCAGAGAAGUUCAGAUUAUGAAGAUGCUUUGCCACCCUCAUAUCAUCAGAUUGUAUCAGGUUAUGGAGACAGAGCGGAUGAUUUAUCUGGUGACAGAAUAUGCAAGCGGAGGAGAAAUAUUUGAUCACCUGGUGGCCCAUGGACGAAUGGCUGAAAAAGAAGCCCGGAAGAAGUUUCAGCAGAUUGUGGCAGCUGUCCAUUUCUGUCACUGUCGUAACAUUGUCCACAGAGACCUGAAGGCAGAGAAUUUGCUCCUAGAUGCAAAUCUGAACAUCAAAAUAGCAGAUUUUGGAUUCAGUAAUAUCUUCACCCCUGGUCAGCUGCUGAAGACCUGGUGUGGAAGUCCCCCCUACGCUGCCCCUGAACUCUUUGAAGGGAAGGAGUACGACGGACCGAAGGUGGACAUAUGGAGCCUUGGCGUGGUGCUCUACGUGCUGGUCUGCGGGGCCCUGCCUUUUGAUGGGAGUACGCUGCAGAACCUGCGGGCGCGGGUGCUGAGUGGGAAGUUUCGCAUUCCAUUUUUCAUGUCCACAGAAUGUGAGCACUUGAUCCGCCACAUGCUGGUGCUGGAACCGAGCAGGCGGCUCUCCAUGGAGCAGAUCUGCAAGCACAAGUGGAUGAAGCUCGGGGAGGUGGAUGCGGAGUUUGACACGUUAAUAGCUGAAUGUCAGCACUUGAAGGUUGAGAGGCAGAUGGAACCGCUGAACGAAGAUGUUCUGCUCGCCAUGGCUGAAAUGGGGCUGGACAAGGAGCGCACCCUCCAGUCAUUGAGGACAGAUGCUUAUGAUCACUACAGUGCAAUCUAUAGUCUGCUCUGUGACCGCCUAAAGAGGCAUAAGAACUUGCGCAUUGCUGCCCUGCCCAGCCUUCCACGGACCGUGGCCUUCCCAGCACCAGCCAGCAUCCAGGCAGAGCAGGCAGGCAACCCGGUGAGCAUCAGCGUCCCACAAGUGCAGCUCAUCAACCCAGAGAACCAGAUAGUGGAGACUGAUGGAGCAAUGAACCUGGAUAGCGAUGAAGGGGAAGAGCCGUCCCCCGAAGCUCUAGUCCGCUACCUCUCCAUGAGAAGGCACACGGUUGGAGUGGCUGAUCCUCGCACGGAGGUGAUGGAGGAUCUGCAGAAGCUGCUGCCAGGUUUCCCACGCAUUGCACCACAGGCCCCGUUCCUGCAGGUGGCUCCAAAUAUGAACGCAGCAGCCAACUUUCUUCCCAUGCAGCACCUGCAACCAACUGGCCAGUUAGAGUACAAGGAGCAAUCCCUGCUGCAGCCCCCGACUCUGCAGUUGCUGAAUGGAAUGGGACCCCUUGGGCGGAGGGCAUCGGAUGGAGGAGCCAAUAUCCAGUUGCACGCACAACAGCUCUUGAAGCGCCCUCGGGGCCCGUCUCCACUGGUUACAAUGACACCAGCAGUGCCCGCUGUGACCCCAGUGGAUGAGGAAGGUUCGGAUGGAGAGCCAGAUCAGGAAGCCGUGCAGAGAUACUUGGCCAAUAGGUCAAAAAGGCACACACUGGCAAUGACCAACCCCACUGCGGAAAUCCCGCCUGACUUGCAGAGGCAGCUAGGACAGCAGCCCUUCCGCUCCCGGGCAUCACACCUGGCACCCGACCAGCACCGCUACAUCUAUAAGGAUUCCAACACUCUGCACCUGCCCACGGAGCGCUUCUCUCCAGUCCGCCGUUUCUCAGAUGGGGCGGCCAGCAUCCAGGCGUUCAAAGCCCAGCUUGAGAAGAUGGGCAACCACAGCAGCAUCAAGCAGCUCCAGCAGGAGUGUGAGCAGCUCCAGAAGAUGUACGGGGCCCACGUGGACGAGAGAACCCUGGAGAAGACGCAGCAGCAGCACAUCUUGUACCAGCAGGAGCAGCAUCAGCAGAUCCUUCAGCAGCAGAUCCAGGAUUGUGUCUGCCCCCCUCAGCCCUCUCCACCCUUGCAAGCUCCAGGAGAAAGCCAGCCUGCUCUGCUCACUCACCAGCUCCAGAGGCUAAGGAUUCAGCCAUCUAGCCCACCUCCAAACCAUCCCAGCAACCAUCUCUUCAGGCAGACGGAGAGCAGCCCCCCUCCUGUCAGCAGCAGUAUGCUCCAGAGCCACAGUGCAGCCUCACAGUCGCAGUUCCAAGGGAUGCCCUCUCAUGGCACCAUCUUCCAGCAGUCUGGCAGUUGCUCCCCUCCGCCAGGCGUGGCCCUCUCCUGCAUUGGCAUGCAGCAGCAAGUGCAGGGGCAACCUGUGGCCAUUCAGGUGCUGGAGCCGGGAGAGGGGAUGGACAGCAGCCUCUUGAAGGCUGGGCGGGGCAUGCCUGCCACCCCCAGUGCCAACCAGCUGCAGAUGCACCAUCGUGCCAGUUUGAUGGCCUCCCUGAAUUACGGGCACAGGCCCCUCUCCAAGCAACUCAGUGCGGAUAAAGCAGAGCCCCACAGGUAUCCGUCCACUGGCUAUGACCAGGUGCACUUGCAUCCUCACCUGUUCCCGGAGCAGGCACGGGUCUCUCCAGGCAGCUACAGCCCAGCCACAGCUGUGGGGUUCCCCCCCACGCAGGCCCUGAAAGUCCCCCAGCUGGAGCAAUUCCCCAGCUUCUCUCAGAGCGCUCCACAGCAGCACUAUGCCACGUCAGCCCUCCAGCAGGCACUGCUGUCGCCAACGCCACCAGACUAUAGCCGGCACCAGCAAGUCCCACACAUCCUGCAGGGCCUGCUUUCACCCCGGCACUCGCUCACGGGCCACACGGACCUGCGGUUGCCCCAGGCGGAGCUUGUGCAGUUGCUCAAGCGGCGGCAGCAGCAGCAGCAGCAGCAGCAGCAGCAAGAGUUUCAAGAGCUGAUCCGGCACAUGAGCCAAGGGGAAGCUGGACACGUGGACACCAGCGUGGCCCAGAAACUGUCAGAGCGCCACUCUCUGUCUUUGCCUUAUCGAAACACUGACACGUACCACCACCCUCAUCAUCACCCUCACCCCCAUCACCCCCACCACACUAGCCCCCAGCACCUCUUAAAAGUGAGGGCCCAUGAAUGUAGCCAGCAGGUGCCGGCUUCAAUGCCGGCCCACGGGCACACCCACCAGCCCCCCCUGGUCCACUCAGAGAGCAUGGAGGAGGAAGCGGACUGCAUGUGUGAUGGGGAGCAGGACAGCUUUCCAGGCAGUAAGACCAAGGCCUGCCACGAGGCUCCGCUGCUUUUAAGCAUAGGUGGGCCUGGGGACCCGGACGCUUUGUUUGGGACUGCUAAGCAUGAGCAGGAAUUGGAGACGCACCAUUACAGGCACCAGCCAGCUGCCACCUUCUGUCGGAAUAAGGUGCCCGGCAGAGACUCCGUGGUCACAGGUUGCAUGGAAAGAAUCUCUCCUGGGCAUGUGGAAAUGCUGGAUGCGGAUGGGCCAGGGGCUUAUUCCGCAAGACCAACUUCUGGCGUGCAUCACAGAUCCCGGGCUUUGCAGAGGCACCACACCAUUCAAAACAGCGAUGACGCCUAUGUGCAGCUGGACACCCUGCCAGGCAUGAGCCUCAUGGCAGGGAAGGCGCUCAGCUCUGCCCGCAUGUCCGAUGCCGUGCUCAGCCAGUCCUCCCUCAUGGGCAGCCAGCUCCUGCAUGCCGGGGAGAGCGGAGAUUGUGGGGAGAACUUGGAAGGCCAAGAGCACCCAAACCUGGCAGACGGCAACCAGCAUCUGAACACCUCUUGUUACUCUUCUACAUGUAUUACUGACGUCCUGCUGGGUUACAAGCACCCGGAGGUGCCCUUUGGGAUGGAGCAGGCUGGGGUCUAGAGAGCAGGUGGGCUACAGGGUAUGUACAGCUUUGAAGCAAAAAGGUCCAUUUCAAACCAACAGUAUCUCGCAGCAUUGCGCCAAAUGGCCGUCCCGUGUCUCCUUGACGGAAAUCUUACGGCGGCUCCUCCUCCUCCUCCUCGUUGGUUCAGCAGUGUGCUUGUUCCUUUCGGAUGUUCAUUAUUGCCAUAUCUGCCUGUGAUGCCAGCCAUUCCGGAAGGACCAGAGUGCCCCCCUACCCCACGGGCAGCUGCCGGCUUGGAGGGCCCCCUUCAGUCCGUGGCAUGUGUUUGGGGUUGCGGGGGGGCAGCCGUGGCUGGGAAACCUGACGGCGGGAGGGGAGAGCGGCUCUGCCCACCCGUGAGCAAUAAGCAGAUGUUUUGGAUGGUGCCUCUUCAGGACCUGUCCGUGCGGUGACCCUCAGACCAGGGGCAGGUGGGGUGGCAGGUGCUGUGCUUGCGGAGGGGCCGAGAGCCAAGCCGCCAUGCCUGCCUUCUGUGCAUCGCUUGCCUCCCCCGUGGCGAUUCAGCCCCCUCCUCCCCUCCCCCCCCCGUAGCGGUGCAAUAUUGCUUUUGUGUGUGUCUGCUCUGUUAGCUUUUCUGUUUUAAAUUUUGUUGUUGUGCUUUAAUAUUCUUUCCUUUCUUCUUUUCUCUUUUUGUACAUCUUUUCUAUUUAAUUCCACAUGCUACUUUUUUUUAGUUUAGUUUUGAGAAGUCCUGGUUCUCGUUUUCAACUUGCUUCCCCCCAGAUCAUGUAGGAAUUUGUUUUCAUAAAUGUUUUAUUAUUAUUAUUAAUAUUAAUAUUAUUAUUAAUAAAUUAAUUGCUAAUAAAAGGCAACAUGUAUUUCUCCUCUCCCCUCGCCCACCACCUGGCCUUGCUGCUUGCCCCGCCCCUCCUUCCCAGUAGUGGCUUUCCUCUGGUGUGCCAGCAAUGGUGCCGCUGGCAUUGCCUGCCCUGCCACACAGAGACUGCCCUGCCCGCCCUCCAGCAGCAGCAGCUGGGCCUUUGGGGAGGCUCUCGUGUCAUCUUUUCUGCCUUUGGAACUUUUGACAAAGCUACAACAGAGAAUUCCUAUUACUGACUCUUUUUGGAAGAAUUUUUUAAAGGAAAAAAAAUCAGUGCAGCCCUCCUGAAUUUGCACAGAAGUGUGAGGCCAGCAUGGCUGAGGUUCUUUUGCUAUCACAUCUUCUUCCUCCUCCUUCGCAGCAUCUGGAUACCAAGGUGUGCCAGCGAUGGUGAGGGUGCCUCUUCCACCUGCAGGUUGGAUCGUGGCUGGGACUCCGACUCACUUGCCGUGGAAGAGUGGGCAAGUGAGGGGCAGAGGGCGAGUUUGAGGGCUCUUCACUGUUCCUUCCCUCCCUCCCCUGGGAAGAGGGGCCCAAAAGGCAGCAACACAAGCCCCCUUCAGCAGCCUGGCUUUGGACUCUUCCUCUGGUUUUUCCUGUUUACAUGACCCUGAGAUGACAGCGAGAGCUGCCCUCCAGCGCCACCCAAGCAAGCCGCGCAGGGACUGUCCCGGCUACGCUGUUUUGCAGUAUCACACUUUUUAUUUUUAUUGGAGGGGGGUUGUGGUUUUUUUAAUCAUUGCUUUGUAUUGUAGUAAUCGAUACUCGCAGUAUAUGUUGAAUGUAUAAUAUACUUUGCUAUUAUUUCUGUUUUUGGGAAAUGUCCAAAGUAUUUUUCUCAUUUAUGUUGGACUAAAAACAAGAACCCCCACAAACAAACUCCCCAGAUUUUCAGCAAAUUCUUAGUUCAGGGCUUGGUUUUUUUUUGGGGGGGGGUGUCAUUUUGCAACUAGUAACAUAGUUGGACGUGGGAUCAUGACAAAUAAACCCAUGAUGAUGAUUGGCUCUCA